AUAGAGAGAAAAUAAUUAGUAAUUCGUUUGGAUAAGGAGAGUCAAACAUGGAGUUGGUGUAUCUCCUUUGCUCCAUCAUCUCCACCACCAUCACCUCCCUCCUGCUGUCCGUCCUCCUCCCCUUCCGCCGCAUCUCAACCGCAGAUCGCCGUAACUCCGUUUCUCUAUACCAAGGCACCGUCUUCCACGAGCGCCGCCGCCCUGUGCACCACUCAUUCCGCUACUCCGUCCGCUAUGCCCUUAUUGACCUCGACAAUGCGCCGGAUCCACCGCGCAAUCACCUCACCGCCGAGGAAGCACGCUCAGCCUCCCACACCAACGGACCGGUUUUUCUGUUGACUAUACCUCCAAGCGUGGGAUACGAGCAAAAUCCGUUGAGUGUGUAUUAUUGCUAUGAUGUUGAAGGCGAAACGCAAACUCUUACAAAAUGUAUUGCUGAGGUUACUAAUACUCCUUGGGGUGAAAGAGUGACAUUUCUAUUCAAUCCAAACUCGGAUUUAGUUGCUAAGCCUCUUCAUGUCAGCCCUUUCAUGGACAUGAUGGGGAGAUGGAGCUUGAGAACGAACGAACCUGCUGAUAAUCUCCAUAUAGUUAUAUCAGUACAGCACCCUGAACUAGGUAACUACUUCACUGCAUCAUUGACAGCAAAAAGAGUUGCGCCUUCAUCGUCAGACAAUCACUCAUGGUUCUUCUGGUUGAUGCCCCAUAAAGUCGCGUUAUGGAUAUAUUGGCAUGCUCUCAAGCUUUGGUGGAAAAACGUAGCGUUUGUACAGCACCCAAGAUAUCAAAAUUCAACAUAUCGAGAAGAUGCUAUAAAACGUGAUGAGGGUAUCUGUUUGUGUCCAUCAUUUGGGAACAAGGAGGCGCUCAACCAUCUGAGAGGAGCAAAAACAUUGAAUAAUCGCUGCUUCACUUGGACCGAUGCUAAAUGGCCCUGGUGUUGAAUCUAACACUUGUAAGUAUGUGUUCUUGUAUCUGAACAAAUCAGAGCAAAAUCAAUCAUUUGCAAUAGAUGCUACAUAUUAAAUUGUUGUGAACUUGCGAUUGUGGUACAUUUGCCAUGUGUGAAGGAUUUUUACCUCAUGCUUCGUUCAUUAUCCAUGAAGUGUUACCUCAAUUCGUGCAUUCAAGUGUUGUACUAUGAAGGUUUACUGGGUAUGUUUUGAAACAACUAUAUCCAGUUAUCUCUCGUUUCAUUUUUGUCCUUGUAAUAUUACUUAUUUAUCUCA